CAUAUCACAGGCUUUAACUAUCAACCAAACACAAGUUUCUGCAUAUUCGCAUCAAUUCGCCAAGGUUGAACAUUCUAUCCUAAUAACCUCUCGAUCACCCACGAGACUUGCAAAAUGUCACGAAACAUCUGCAUCACCGCCGUCGACGGCAACACCGGCUUUCUCAUCGCCGAACUAAUCCUCAAACACCGCGACUUCUCCCGCAAAGUCUCCUCCGUCACUGGCCUAACUCUGCACCCCGAAUCCCCCAAAGCCAAAGAACUCCAAGACCUCGGCGCCAAAAUCGUCGCCCACAAGCCCGGCCGUCUCCGAGUAAUGGCCAAGACUCUCCAAGACACCGGAUGCGACACCAUCUGUCUCGUUCCGCCUGCUCACGAGCAUAAGCUUGAGAUUAGCGAAGAGCUCGUCCAUGCUGCGAAGAGGGCGGAUGUUCCGAAUGUGCUGCUUAUUAGUUCGGCGGGGUGUGAUUAUGCGGAGAGGGGGAAGCAGCCGAGACUGAGGGAGUUUAUUGAUUUGGAGACGCUUGUUAUGGAGGCUAAGGGAGAUCCGGAUGUUUCUACGGGGACGUCGCCUUGUAUUAUUCGGGCUGGAUUCUAUGCUGAGAACCUUUUGCUGUAUGCGCAGCAGGCUAAGUCGGAGGGCGUUCUUCCACUUCCAAUUGGCGAAUUCCAUAAGUUUGCGCCUGUUGCACUUGGUGACGUUGCUCAAGUCGCUGCUCAUGUUCUGACUGGCAAGGGCAAGCAUGGAUUUGACGACCGCCACCGCGGACAAAUGAUGGUCGUAACUGGCCCCAUGCUUUGCGCAGGCAAAGAGCUCGCAGCCGCGGCCAGCAAAGCUCUGGGUGCCGAACUUCAGUUCGAGAACAUCUCCCAUGCUGAAGCAAAGAGAGUUCUCAAGUCCCAGUCUGAUAUCGACCCAUCCGAACAGCAAUAUCUCCUCGAGUACUACAGCCUUGUGAAGGAGGGCAAAACCAACUACAUCUCCACCACUGCUUUCCACGAUGUUACUGGCGAGCAUCCGACUGAGCCGGAGAAUUUCUUCAAGAUCUAUGAGGGUGAGAUGAGACCUAAGAAGAAGGCUAAGCAUGAGCAUAAAUAAUGAAUGGUAGUAUCUUGAAGAGGGAAUUGUUGAAGAUAUUCACUACAUCCAAAUUUUGAGCUUGGAAAAUUACAUCCGGUGGGUGCUGAAAACUAAAGACUCUAGGAAUGACUGGCAAUAUUUUAUUUUUAAUUUGUUCCUCAAUGCCUCAUUUUACAAUGAAC